AUGGCGGUAGCACAACAGAGAGAUAAUUUUGACAUCAUACAGGAAGUACAAGGCAGUGGCAAGCAGGCUUUACCACAUUAUUAUUCAACUCCUAUUGGAAGGACUCUACAAAAGAGUGUCAGAUAUAAUGUCCCCAGACGCGUCCAUGCUAUUCCAAAUGUGCCUACUGUGGCGCUAGCAUGGGACACUGCAGUGAGAGGUGCCGGCACGCCUAUGGGACUUUCCAAAACACCAACGCAGACUCGCAACGGCCAUAGUGUUCAAGGCGCCGUUGAGCUUUAUUUGGAUCAUGGAGUACCUCGUGAGAAGAUUGUCCUUGGUCUAGCGUUAUACGGAAAGACAUUUUUACUUGAAGAUCCCUCUCAAACGAAGCCAGGUGUAACGCAUUUCAAAUCUGGAGGAGAUCCUUCUCAAUUGCACGGCAUCAAGGGGCGUCAUCGCCGGUAUAAUUGGACUGGAUAUGAUAACCGACCAAGCUUAUAUUGGGAACUUCAACUAGUAACAGAGUUUGGUCUUGCGGGAGUAACGUGGUGGAGUUUAGAUAUGGACUUGGAUGAUGCAAGCACAGCUGAUGUGGUUCCAUAUAACACACCGAUUAGAAAGCUCCCUCUCCAGUCUUUCGAGUUUUCCAAGCUUCAAACACAUGGCAUACCCGUUAUACCCUGCCGUCUACCUCACGCAGAAAGCUCGCUUGUGAAUGAUAAUGAGACUUCCACAGUAGCAAGUACUACCCUUAGUGGCCUUGUAGCAGCUGUAACAAAUACAGACACGACAAUGAGUACGAAAAGCGCGUCUCCCGCGUCUUCACCUUCUUUAGCUUUAACACCAUCAUCACUACUGUUAUCGCCACCAUCAAUAACAUUAGAUAUUGUAGAGAAAACAACUGCUGCAGUUAAACCUCUGCCGUUGAGCGGAACGACCUGUCCAGAUAUUGCUCCACCACCGGACUGGUUGGCUUCCAUCUCCCGAGAUACUUUAGGCUGA